GUGUUUUUGCGGUCCUACCAUGCAAGCGUUCGCCACAUCACCAACAAGCGUCAGUGAACUGUCAAUUCUGCGGUAGUUAGAAGCCUAAAAAAUUCAUAGCUAUGUCUGCACAAGCAACUGCUCCAGUGCUGCACCAUGGAAUCGUUAAACAGGUUCAGUCUGGCGAUGCGGUGGUGGUGAGAGGCCAGCCAAAGGGAGGACCCCCUCCUGAGAGGACGGUGUGCUUAUCUAACAUCGUUGCGCCGAAGCUGGCUCGUAGAUCCAACCCAAAUGCGCCAAAUUCGGUGGAAACAAAAGAUGAGCCAUAUGCAUGGGAAGCUAGGGAGUUUCUGCGUAAUAAGCUGGUGGGGAAGGAGGUGUGUUUCAUCGUCGAGUAUAAGGCACCGGGAGCCGACCGGGAAUACGGCAUAGUCUACAUUGGCAAAGAUACAACUGCGGAGAACGUGACAGAAUCACUUGUGAAGGAAGGUCUGGUGGAGGUGCGUCGUUUGGGCAUCAAAUCAUCUGAUGAGCAGACGAAACUGAUUGAGAUGGAGGAUGUAGCAAAGGCAGCUGGAAAGGGCAAGUGGGCCGAAGGAACGGGAUCGGAACACAUGCGAAAUAUCAAGUGGACGCUGGACAACCCACGCAACUUUGUUGAUUCUCACCACGGAAAGCCAGUGGAAGCUGUCAUUGAGUAUGUCAGGGACGGGUGCACGAUGAGGGUCUUCAUCCUACCAAGCAACCACUACGCUACGAUCAUGCUGUCGGGAGUCAAGUGUCCCAUGUACAAGCUGGAAGAUGGCAAGCAGGUGCCGGAGCCGUUCGCCGAGGAGACGCGGUACUUUGUCGAGAGCCGCCUAAACGCCAAGAGGAACGUCGAGGUCGUGCUUGAGGGAGUGUCCAAUCAGAACCUGCUCGGCACCAUCCUGCAUCCGAAUGGCAACAUCACAGAGCUUCUUCUCAAGGAGGGGUUUGCACGCUGUGUCGACUGGAGCAUGGGAGUUGUCACGCAGGGACCAGAGAAACUCAGAGCGGCCGAGAAGAGCGCGAAGGAGAGGCGCGCGCGCAUCUGGAAGGACUACGUUCCGAGCACGCUGGGCGUGAACAUAUCCGAGAAGGAGUUCACGGCGAAGGUCAUGGAGGUCGUGAAUGGCGACGCGCUCGUGCUGAAGAUGGCCAGCGGCGAGUCGAAGAAGGUCUUCCUCGCCAGCAUUCGUCCGCCAAGACAACAGGCGGAUGCAGGAGGAGGAGAUGGGGAGAAUAGGAGGGUUCGUGUACGACCGCUUUACGAUGUGCCCUACAUGUUUGAGGCUAGGGAAUUCCUGCGAAAGAAGUUGAUUGGGAAAAAGGUCAAUGUCACCGUUGACUACAUCCAGCCAGCCUCCGAUUCAUUCCCCGAGAAGAAUUGCUGCACAGUGAUGAUUGGAAGCAUCAACGUCGGCGAGGCACUGGUCAGCAAGGGGCUUGGCACGGUCAUCCGCUACCGGCAGGACGACGACCAGCGAUCGUCGCAGUACACGUGCUGCUGGCCGCGGAGAGCCGCGCCAUCAGAACGGCAAGCCGUCUGCGCAUGUCCAAAGAAGGAGGUGCCGCUGCACCGUGUCGCUGACAUCUCCGGGGAUCUGUCGAAGGCAAAGCAAUUCCUGCCUUUCUGCCAGCGCGGGUCGAGCGAUGCGGAAGCCAUCGUGGAGUUGUGCGCCGGGCGCGCUCGCCGUCUCCGCUGCUUUAUCCCUCGCGAGACCUGCCUCUUUACAUUCCUGCUGGCCGGGAUCAGCUGUCCACGCGGAUCCAGGCCAGCACCCAGCGGAGGCACCCCCGUUGAAGCUGAGCCCUACGGAAAUGAAGCCCUGCAGUUCACCAAGGAGAUGGUGCUGCAGCGGGAGGGUGCGUUUUGUCUCGCUGUGGACGUCGAGGUGGAGUCGAUGGACAAGGCCGGCAACUUCAUCGGCUGGAUGUUCGUCGACGGCGUAAACCUGUCGCUGUCGCUCGUCGAGGACGGCCUUGCGUCCGUGCACUUCACCGCCGAGCGCAGCCAGUACUUCAAGCAGCUGCAGACGGCAGAGACGAACGCCAAGGAGAAGAAGCUCAACAUGUGGACGAAUUACGUAGAGGCGGAGGAGAUACAAGAACCGCUGGAGGAGGAGCUGGAGAGGAAGCUAAACUUUAAGUCGGUGUGCAUCACGGACGUGGGAGACGACCUGCACUUCUAUGCACAGCACGUCGAUAGCGGUCCGCAACUAUCGCAGCUCAUGGAGCAGCUGAGGAAGGACAUGGAGGAAAACCCGCCGAUAACGAGUGCGUACAAGCCGAAGAAGGGCGAGGUGUGCGCGGCGAGGUUUAGCGUCGACAAUGAGUGGUACCGCGGCCGCGUCGAGAAGGUCAUCGGAAACAAGGCGGCCAUCUUUUACAGCGACUACGGAAACAGAGAGAACGUGCCAUCAAGCUGCUUAGCACCGUUACCAGCGCAGUACAAGACGUUGGCGCCGCAAGCGCAUGAGUAUGGCCUCGCAUGUGUCACCGUGCCAGCCGAUGCGGAUGCCCGUGCAGAUGCUAGGGAAGCUUUCGCAGAAGAUGCAGCCAACCACCAGUUCUGCCUGAACACUGAGUACAAGGUGGGCAACCUGGAGUACGUGACGUUACUGCGCGUGGACACGGAUGAGGACGUCGCGAUCACGCUGCUGGAUGAGGGACUCGUCUAUGUCGAGCCGAGACGAGAGAAGCGGCUGCAGAAACUCCUAACUCAGUACAACAAGUCGCAGCAGGAGGCCAAGACGCAACGGAUCAACCUCUGGCGCUAUGGCGACAUCACCGAAGAUGAUGCCAAGGAGUUUGGUUUCAAUGGCUAGUUGCCAUGAUGAUGGCUAGCUAUCUUCUUGUUUGAUAUACGCAUGGAACCUUUACACCUUCGGCAGCUUUUUGCAAAGGUACUUAAAGAUACAUACGGAUUAAAUAGCAACUGUCGAUUGAAUGCAACAACUACCGCAUGAACUACUAAGGCAGGGCGAUAGCAGUCCCAAAGCUAAGAAUUCAGAUCAAGGCAUCAAUCAUGAAACUAAACGCUGGAGUCGGCAGUUUACGGUUGCUCUGUCUGCGAUUCGCGCCACUUGCGUGAAUCGUGAGACGGCGAGAUCUGCAAGGAAAAGCAUUCAAGUCGUUGAUUGUAAAGGAACCGUGCGUCUACCACACGAGAAGGGAUAAAACAGAAAACACAAGUUGACGAUAGGAAAAUUUAACUCUUUGCCAAUAGAACGCUGUCCUUGUUUUCCCCUCGGCAUGAGGUAAAUGAAAUUAGGCCUGUGUCGUUAUGUAGUCGUGCACGAACGAGCCAACUGUGAGAGUUACUGCAUCACACGUGAAUAAACUUGCCUCCAGUAAGUUAUUUAGUCGUGUAACGAUAGUUGAUCCCACCUGAAAUCGAAUGCAAGGAAAGCGUUUCAAGCAGAAGACACAACGAGAGAUAUUUUGUUUUUGUUUUCGUAUUCGUGUAGUAGGCGAGGUGGGAAUUUAGCAUGGGUUAUUGUGGUGUCCGGUUUAGGUGUCCGGUGAGGUUGACCCGUAUUUUUAAAUGUCACGACGACGAGACUUAGGGUAUUCCUAGAUGCAUGGAAAAAAUGCAAAUACUAUUAAGCAGUGUGUAUAACUGCACGGCUCGUCUCAGUGUUCGAGUAAUGAAUUCGCCAAGCAACGAAAAAUGGUUGCUACCACGUGCAGAUGGGUUGGCAACUCUUGUGGAACAAUGCAUUCAACUAUGGCAUAGGCUAUCUAGCGUAGCAGAGAAAUAGGAUGUUGAGAAAUAUAUGGGAGAGAUGAAGUGAGAGAAAUGGAGGAGAGAUAGAGAGGCAGAAGUAGGAGAGAUGCAAUGCAAACAUCCACGAGCUUCACAGUUGUAAUUAGUGGUUAAUUAAUACUCGAUGCCAGUCUUCCGAUUUCGCGCCAUGCUCUGUGUUGUCACUGUCAAGUGCUACUAGGUCUCUUCCACGUCCCAAUAUCGAUUUAUGCAAGUUUCACCGACGCUGCAUGAAGUUGCCCGUAGAACGUCGUUUUGUAAUGUACUGUUAACACCUUUUUUUCCUUUGUGAGGGUGCGUAUUGUUAUUUCGUCUUAAUAUCAUACUAAACAUUUAUUUAAGAAAAGCACGGGGUAAUUUAUCAAGUGGAAAAUAAUCAUGUUGAUGGUUGGCAUACAGUUAAUAACAACUUAGUUGAUAGGACGUUGCACAUUUAUUCCGGAUCAACGAGUUUCCUAUACGUUUCGAUCUCCGAACCGCAUGUGUUUGCGCUUGACCGCGGGCCAACGCGUGUGUGCCAAAGCUGAUUCGUGUCCGAUCGUGGUUUUGUGUUGACUGGCCAAUAAUUCUUGAGGGGAAUAAAAACUCGUCGAAAAAAGUUUGUGAC